AUGAGCGUCCAGCUGCGCAUUAGCAGCUCUCAGGAACGGCGACCCACAACCUUUCGGGGCAACACACGACGGUUACUUCGUUUGAGCGACGUUCCGGAUUCGCCUACAACGACUGGUGAUGUUUGCGAAGCGGUCGAGUCGGAUGGGCGAGCGUGCUGGGUCGCGCUCCCGUCGAGCGCGGACGACAUUUGGUGCUACAGGCACCACGACGAGUGGAUGCAGAUGACAUUGCGAUGGAGUCGGGUCCAUAAGGAUGCUGAAAAGAUGAUGGUUACUGGAUUGGAUGCCGCGAAGCAGAAGAUUUUGAAGUUGCGCCAGUCGGUUGAUCUCAGGCGGCAGAUCCAGGAUCGCUUCUACCCUCGCGGCGGAGACAUCCAAGAUUACAUCAAGUGGAUUCACAAGAUGGAGAACGACGUCAGGGCUCUCGCUGAUGCACUACUGAUGUCGAACCUCAACCGCGGCCCGACUCCAGAGACACCUGGGAUCCAUACUACAUCGCCUCAUCCAAAUCAUCGCAACAAAGGGGAGAAGAUUAUGAUUCUUCGGUCGCCUCUGGACCCCAGGAUACCAAUGAACUCGCUGAACGGUCUACCCGACGAUGGCACCAUACUUGUGUUGAAACACUUUUAUCUGGACCUUUGCGCCGACAGCAUACGUCGGCUGUACACCAUUGUUCCCGACUUGGACGACUCGCAAAGCUUUCCCGAUUCACCUGGCACCAAUGAUAAGACAGGUCCGGACACCGGCACGGAAAUCAUUCGCGCUUGGUUUCGCAUCAUGGUAUUAAACGAUAGCGAGGCUGCAACACUGGAGCAUGCGACAAGAUCGAAAGGCAUACACGAGUUUCUCUCUGGUUGUCAGGCUAGUCAGCUCGAGAUGUACUGUGACUUUUUCGAGAAAGCGUGGCGCCCACAUGCUGUCCAAUACCUCCGUGUUGCGAUAUGCGCGCAAACGCUUGCAGGUGGUGACAUCAAGACCAUCCAAUUGCUUGGAGGCACGAUACCGAGCACCACCGAAGGUUUGAAGAUGACCAAGCCAUGUUGGGAUAUCCUUCAUCGCUGGUUCCCUACACUACUCACACCAUGGACACUCGCUAGUAUCUGCUCGAACUUUGAAGACUACACAACUAUCUGCAAGCUUCUCAUGCUGAAGUUGUACAACAAUCAUUGGUAUGACCCCAAAAGUAUACUGGCCGAAUGCGCGACAGGUGUGUACAUGGGAUUCAUACCAACGAGCAAAGGGGACUUCGGAUCAAACACGGGUCUCAAGCAAGAAGAUGGGAAAUGGAUUCAGCGCCAGUCGCGCAAUUACUUGUGUGGCCAGAUGGCAAUAGGACAUCCUUUGACGGCAGCCUUCCUCAAUGAGCUUCGUAGACGAACUGCAUCGCUGUACCUCGUCGUAUACGAAGGUACGCAUGCAGACGCUACCGUUCAUCCGACCGAGCCGGAUCUCUUCAUCAGUCGCCAUCGUUCUGCGACAAGCCUAGAUGAGCUGGACGCAGUCGACUUCACGACUACGCUUACCCUGGAAGAGGUCAAGAACCAGCUGCGUAUGAGGAAGACAUCUAUGUACGAUCCCAUUGUUGUCGACUCCUGGCAGUUCAUCAUCAUAGAUCGCGAAGUCGGACUGCCCUUUCGGUUGAUCGAUAUCGUACAAGAUACCUUGCUAAUGUUGGUCGGAGACCCUUCACCUCGGCAGAUGGCCAAGCGUGUCAUACGCGAAGUCAUUCCGUCCUCAGUGCAAGAGAUAUACUUGGAAGAGAUCCAGAUCGAAUGCUCCUCCGAGCUACGGUACCCACCGCCUGGUGAAAUUCAGCACGAAGGCAACAGAUGGCGCACAUACGACCCAGACCCAGUGAUCAUCGCCAAAAAGCAAAGCUUGACGACGUUGCAGAAUGUUUCUCGAGAUGACAAUCGCUUCAUCCGCCGCACAAUAGAGGACAUGGAGCGUUACGGCAUCAUCAGCCUUGCAUCUGAGUACGAAGAGCCUCAGACUCGUCCUCUUAUUGUACAAGGCGCGGAUGGCGCGCCUGAUCUCUACUUCCCUUACGAGGACAGCGCUACGAGAGCUGAAGGCGAGCAAACGCCAGCGCUACCUCUGCCGUCAAAGACUUGUCUCACCGACUUCGCGCUGGCCUACAAGCUGAAGCAUCCGAAUGCGAUAAUGGCCAAGGGUUCGAUACAGACACACUACUGCGCAUGGCCCAUGCCGGCAAUCAAGAGUCUAGGCAAGAGUGGUCUGAACUUUGCGACGUGGGAAGGUCAUGUCUACCGCUGGAACGCGAUGCCAUUCGACCGCCCCUCUUCCGCAAACGCCUGGCAAUACUACAUCCAGCACUUCCUCAACUCCAAAUACCCCUUCGUCAUGUUCUACCUGACCACCUUCGUCAUCUGCGCCACAGACCAAGAUGACGCAGAUCGCAAGACGACAACGAUACUAGAAGAGAUGGAAGACAGAGGGUGGAGAGUCACUCUGCCGAGGCUGCACGAGUGGACCAGCGAUGUCGAUGAGCUGAAGUUGGAGAAGCUGUAUAAUGGCAUUCACCCGGCGUAG